UCAAAAAUAGGUACAAUUAACAAGAACUAUAUACAACAUGGAUGUUGUAUCUUUGAGCUCAAGUUCAAGCCUAAGCAUGUCCAUGCCCUUUCAAUUUCACGGCCACAACAAGCAAAGAGGCUCUAAUGUAAGGUUUGGCACCGUUUCAUGCAGAGCCACAAGACAAGAAAGCUUGUACAAAAUAUUGUCCGUGAGUCCAGGAAGUGCAACAAUGGAUGAGAUUAAGAGGGCUUAUAGAUCAAUGGCUCUUCGGUACCACCCUGAUGUGUGCCAUGAUCCUUCGAUGAAAGAGGAGUCAACGAGGAUGUUUGUGCAACUAAAUGCAGCAUACGAGACCUUGUCCAAUCCAAAUCUUCGUGCACAGUACGACCAUGAAUUGGGCUUGAGAAGCAAAGUGGUCAUGAAUAUUAAUGUUGGUAGUGAUGAUCAUGAGAGAUGGGGAAGUGGGUUGCAUGAGGAAGUGAUUGAGUUGAAGACAAGGUCUCGAAGACGUAUGGGGCACAAAGGGGGGUCGGGGUCAUGUUCAUGGGGUAGUACCUCCAGAAUGAGGACACAAAACAUGAAAGGGAGGCAUUCAUUUUCUUAAGAUCAUAUGUUAUUAAUUAAUUAAUAUCGUUGAAUACAUUUUUUUUUCCUUUGCUACAUUCGUUGAAUUUAUUUUUGAUACAUGCACUUAGAAAUUGUUUGCAUUUAUAUAUGUAUAUUCUACUGUUAUAUAAUUAAUAUGUAAAAUUAUACGUGAUUAUAUAACGUGAUUAAAUUUAUAAUGCAAGAUUUCAACAUAAUAUUUGGUGAUUAUA